AUGAAUUCCGAUUUCAAUAGGAAUGAUGGAGGGUUCAUAGAAAGUAAACGUCGUGAGUUAAAAGAGUUUUUUAAGGAUGCGAAAUUUCCGCAAGAAGUGAUCGAUAAAGUAAUUGAAAAUGAAUUGAAACCUCUCACAGAAGGUAUACCGACAAAUGUAUCGUACAUUGCUGCGUCAGGAUCUGGAGACGUAAAGUCCGAAUAUGAUGUAAUGUCUGGACAACCGUUUACUAAUGUUGCAGAUUAUAACAAACCUUUGAACGUCGAUGAAGUAAAGGAUUUGAUAAAAGAUAAUCCUAUAAUAGCAGAAAAAGCGCGUCAGAUUCAGAUCAAAACGGAUGAAGAUGGACGUUCUAAAGGAAGUACUGUACCUUACGACCAAAUAACUAUAGACACCUUUGAUAAAAUGACGCUAGAUUUAAAUUCAGCAGCUGGCGAUGUAGAGAAAAUUAGAAAUAUAAAGUAUAAAAAUAUGCAAGCUCUUUUUAAGUCGGCUGAAGAAUUUCAGUUUCGGAAAUCAAUUCAUGAGCCCUGUAAUGAUAACAGCGGCAGUGAAACUCUAAAUUCUAGCAGUGACGAAAUUGAAUUUCAAACUAUUGACAAAGUUGUCACAGAGCUGACAAAUAAAUCUUACGAAACAAGAUUUAACGAAACAAGGGAUAUGUUACAAAAAAUGGCAGAUAAAUACGACGAUCCAGAACAAAUGGAAAAUGAAAAUGAAUUACGUAAAUUAAUUAUACACGAAGAUCCUAUUUUGAAAGACUCUUCAUCGACACUAAUAAAAGGCCAAAUAAGACGAAGUACAUUUGAUGAAGUUAAAGAAACCUUUUUAAUUAACGAAGCUAUGAAUAUUUCUUUGGUCGAUAACCCUUUAAAACCAGAUUUAAGCUGUAAGAAGCUCGACGCAAAGCCAGUCAUAGUAAAAGCUGAUGACGUAGUGCUUAGUGUUGAAGACGUGUUUCCCAAAACCUUUGAAGCAAAAUUAAAAGAUACUGAAAAGGCACUUAAGGAUAUUAACAGUAUUUUAAAUCCAAUUGUUCAUAAAGAGGAAGUACAAACGUAUAAUGGGCAAAUUAUCCAGGAAAGUAAAAGUAUUAAGCAACAGUUACAGGGUACUCAAAGACACCGCAAAGAUAAAAACGGAAAUCAGUUUGACGGAAAAAAUGAAGAAAUACUUCAAAACAGAUUGGAAUCUAUACUUGAAAUAGGUAACAAAGACAACAACGAAUUGGAAUUUAAGGAGAUGAAAAACCUUGCCCGCAAUAUUGUCGAUGGUGCAGAAAAUCUAAGCUUAUUAAUACGAGAAGAUAUAACUAAUAAAUUAAACAGUAUGAAUGAACUUUUAAAUGAUGUAAAUGUUGCUUUAGAAAACUCUAGAAAAUCCAAUUUAGUAUAUCAAAAACUAAGAGAAGAAAGUGAAGAAAGAAUAAAAGCAAGAAAUGUUAAAGAUGACAACCGUAAAAAUAUUACUAACGACACAAAAGACGAAACAACUGAAAGCGUUGCUGUACCUAAUGAUAAAGAAAUUGACUGCAGUUCUUUAUCUCAAUCUGAUUUAGAUGGAAUUAAUUUGGCUAUAAGUAAUUUAAAUUCUGAAAUAAAAUGUCACGAAGAAAGGAUCAACAAGAGUAAAGCAAGUUGUGAAAUGAGAACCACGGAGUGUCACAAUUUUAUUAAAGAAGUUAAUGAUGUUUUAAAAAUUUCACAUCAAGUGUUGCAUCCUAACCAAACCAUUUUAGAAUGUACUAGUAACACACCACAGGAUGCUAUAAGGGACAGUAAAACUGAUAUUAGUAACGAGAAAACAGUUCAGCCUCCCAAGGAAAUGUUGAACGAAGUGAACACUGAUGAAAGCAAUACAACAAUGUCACAAUACAAGCAACAUGAAUUAGAUCGCAAUAAACGCAUAAGUGAUCUGUUAAAUGAUAUAAAGGGCAAAAUGAGAGAUAAUAAAGAGGUCUUAAGAUUAGCGAAUAAUUUAUUACGAGGUGGACCAGUUAAAAAAGAUGUAGAAGGUGCAAAAAAAGUAUACGAACUGCCAAUUGAGAGUGACAACGGAGCGCAAGGUGAUCACGUUCGUUCAGGGAGUAGAGACGUCGGUAUACCUAAGGCCACAGAAGUCGAGGAACCCACAAAACUUUCAGACAAGAAAGAUGAAAAUGACGAAAAAAAGAUAAAGGAAAAAGAAGAAGACCAAAAAAGACACGUGGAAUUCAAACUUACAAUGGAAAAAGAAAUGGAAGAAAAGAUGAGAGGUCCUAGAAUGACAAAAGAAUUUAUACGUAAUCACUGCAAGCAGCACAAACUCUACUGCACUCCUUAUCUUAAUGACAUACUAUAUUUACAUUUUAAGGGAUUUUCUAAGAUCGAAAACCUCGAAGAAUAUACAGGUCUAAAAUGCAUAUUUUUGGAAAAUAAUGGAAUACAAAGAAUCGAGGGCUUGGAUACAUUGUCAGAAUUGAAGUGUCUCUAUCUACAUUACAAUAUUGUGCGAAAAAUUGAAAACUUGGACGGUUGUCCCAAAUUGGACACAUUAAAUCUAGAUCACAAUUUUGUGACAAAGAUCGAGAACUUGGAUGUGGUGCCCGAUCUGCACACCUUGAGCAUCGGACAUAAUAUGCUCACUACUGCGGCGGAUCUCGAUCAUUUGAGGACUUGUAGGAACUUAUCUGUUUUGGAUUUAUCAUACAACCGCUUGGAAGAUCCUCUUAUUAUCGACAUAUUGGCCGAUAUGAAUAUCUUAAAAGUAUUGGUCCUGACGGGAAACCCUGUUGUUCGCAACAUCCAAGCUUAUCGAAAAACGUUGACUCUUCGACUUAAAGAGCUGCUUAACCUCGACAACCGACCCGUAUUUCCGAGAGACCGUGCGUGUGCUGAGGCUUGGCAACGCGGAGGAGUACAAGAAGAAAUCGCUGAAAGAAAACGGUGGAUAGCGCGCGAUCAAGAAAAAGUGAUGGAAAGCGUUAGAUAUUUAAUUAGGAUGAGAGAUGAAAACAAAGCGAAAAGGGAGGCUCGAGAGCGAGAAGAGAGAGAGAAGCUAGGACUUCCACCAAAGGAGGAGGAACAAGUUGACAUAGAAGAAAAUCCAUCGAUUUUAGAAGAUAAAUUUGGCCCUGCUAUAGUAGAAACGAGAGACGGGGUAGCAGUCGAUAUGUUAACUGCCUCAGAAGCAGAGGAUAGCACUAGUGAGGACUCUAGUGAGUCAGAUAUCGAUAAUGACGAUGAUGGUGAAUCAACAUCGAAGAUAGAAUGGUCGGAAAUUGAAAAGGGAAAAGCAUUAGUACAAGAGUUGAGAGACGAGAGCCAGAAUGAAGCCAAUUCGUAUUGGCCUGGUUUUUGUAAACCACCAACACCGACGACGGCAUUGGGAAAUAUGCAAUUCUCGUCUGAUGCUCAGGCUCUUAACGCCUUGCUUUUUAAUCAAGGCUCACACACGACCUCGAAAAAAUCUAAGCAAUGUUUUGACGGCCGCAAGACAUUAAAUACAAAGAUAACUCAAAUAGAUAAUAUUAAAUCUCCACAACAAGACGAAAGGAAAAAACCAUUAAUUGAAAUAAUUGACGAGUAUAACAAAAAAUCUGAAAACACUACACAAUUUGUUGUAAGACAAGAAAUGGAGAGAAACAUAACGGAAACUGAAAGUGCUAUAAUAGACCUUGACAAGAAACUGCUCAUCGAAAAAUGUAGCGUUUCCAAGUCCAAAUUCCUAGAACAGAAUAAGAACGAUAAAGGGAUGAAAAUUAUAGAAAUAAAAGAAAAUGACAAACAAAUACCAGACUGUGAAGACAAUUAUAGUAACAACCACAAUGAAUCAAAAACUGAGAACAAAGACGAUAUUAAGAGCAAUGAACAAUAUAAAAAUAAGCGGCUUGAUAUCUUCGACUCCGAAGGCGUUGAGCGUAAGCAAAACGCUGAAAAGAGUGAAGGUGAUGGUGUAGCUCUAAUCAAUUUCCUCGCUAAUGAAAAUCUGGUGGACACAAGCGACGAAGCACUGCAGCCGAGCAUCGAGGACAUGGAGAUUUUUGCCGAGUUAGAACGAGAGCAGAUCGAGAGGGAUGCGAGGAUUGCCCGGGGAGAACCAGCUGUCGACCCGAUGAAGCACUACGAUAAGAAGAUAAUGGACGAUUUUCACAAGAGCGUUGAGAGAGUCCCGGCGGAUGAGGUGGCGGAAAAGAGCUAUGUGACUACCUACAAGAAGGACAACGCUUUCGACCGCAUCGCGCUUAGCCAGCUCACUAUGGGGGAGCGACCAGGUGACAAAGAAACUUACUCGGCUGGCGCAGCGGCCCAAAAUCCGAACAAAAUAAAACUCACCCAUGUGCCUGGCGCAGUUCUGUUUGAGUAUGUCGACAAACAAAAGCCAAUCGAUGUCCAUUAUGAAAUCGGAGAGGAACAAAUUGAUUCUGCGCGUUUUGAGCUUAACUCGCGUGCCGUAUAUUUUGGCUUUGAUUCUGUAGCUCUAUCAGAAGACACGCAAUCAAUAAACAUAGACAGUGACUCGAAUAGUAGUGGUGAAUUCGACGAAAUGGCGAAACAAGAUCCCAAACGCAACCGACCUAAAACAGCUGUAAACCGCGAGCGGGAGAGAGGUGAUGAAAAUGUGGAAGAUAGUCAUGCACGACAGAUACGAGAGCCGAGCACAUCAGAUUACGAGGCGAAGAGGUCAAUCAUUGACGCCAUUAACUCCUAUGAAGACAAAAGGUUUCCGUCCCAAGGCACGAAUUACGCGGACAUGGAGGAGAAUGCGAGAAUCGAGGAGUCAGUGGCCGCCGAAAUCCUGGACAGAACCCAGCGGUACGAGGAGGCGGAGUACUACAGGCGGUGCGGCGCAGUCUCCUCGCACGCGGGCCGGGUCGACAACAGGACCAACGCCAUCAUCGAGACCAUCUCUGGACAGCUCGACAAUCAGUACACUCUACCGGAAGUAUCUCAAAUAAUUGACGCUCACAUCGAUUUAGCGGAACAGAGGUGGCGAGCAGGUGAAUUUGUACACUUCGUGCCGAGUCCGCCCGAGUCGAUCGUAGAAGACGGCGACCACGACGCGACGCUCACGCCGAGCGAUGACACGUCAUACGAAGACACCCUCACCGAAGACAAUGUCGAGAAGAUGAUCACGAUCGACGAAGCCGACGACUCUGGAAUCGGACACGAUGACAAAUGUAAUGAUAUCGUCGUAAAAGAUGACACGAAUGGAAAAAACGAUGACGCUUGCGAGAACGACGUAUUCGAAGAUUGCGUCGACGCGGACAAGUGCGAAGGCGGAGAAGGGGAUGAAAGCUAUACUUUGGAAAUGAAAUUAGCACUUGGGAAGGAAUAG